CCCAUUAUUCCUCACUCCUAAGUUCUCUUCCUAUUCCAUUUUUUUCUUUUUCUUCCUUCAAUUUAAUUAUCAUGGAAGCCAACAAAGGGUAUACACAAGAUGGCACUGUUGAUCUUCAUGGACAGCCUGUCCUCUCAGACAAAACUGGCAAAUGGAAAGCCUGCGCUUUCCUCGUUGGUUAUGAAGCAUUUGAGAGGAUGGCUUUCUAUGGAAUAGCUUCAAACUUGGUGGUUUACUUGACAACCCAACUCCAUGAAGAAACCGUUGCAUCAGUUAGGAACGUCAACAAUUGGUCCGGCGUGGUAUGGAUCACCCCUCUCCUCGGCGCCUACGUGGCCGACGCUUACCUGGGUCGAUUUUGGACUUUUACUAUCUCGUCCUUCAUUUAUGUCAUUGGAAUGGUGCUUUUGACAAUGGCGGUGUCGAUAAAAUUCUUGAAACCAAGCUGCGACAAUGGCGUGUGCAACAAGGCGACCACCUCGCAGAUCACCUUCUUCUACGCAUCUCUCUACACGAUCGCCAUCGGCGCCGGCGGGACGAAGCCCAACAUUUCCACCUUCGGCGCCGACCAGUUCGACGACUACAACUCGCAGGAGAAGAGCCUGAAAGUUUCCUUCUUCAACUGGUGGAUGUUCAGCACCUUCGCCGGAGCUCUGCUGGCCACCAUCGGACUUGUUUACAUCCAAGAAAACUUGAGCUGGGGAUUGGGCUAUGGAAUCCCCACCAUUGGGUUGAUUCUGUCUUUGAUUAUAUUCUACAUUGGGACUCCAUUGUACCGGCACAAGAAGAGAUUGAAUCGGUUUCCGGCCCGGAAUUUGCUCCGGGUGCCCGCCGUUGCCUUCGCCAACCGGAAACUCGACCUCCCUUCCGACCCGUCGGAGCUCCAUGAGUUUGACUCUCAGUACUAUAUUAGUACCGGAAAACGCCAAGUACAACACACUCCAAUAUUUAGGUUCUUGGACAAGGCUGCAAUCAAGCAUGGCAAGGUUAGUCCGCCAUGCACGGUGACUCAAGUGGAAGGGGCCAAGGUCGUUCUAGGAAUGGCUAUGAUAUGGGUCGUAACCCUAGUCCCCAGCACCAUCUGGGCCCAAAUCAACACCCUCUUUGUUAAACAAGGCACCACCCUGAACCGCCACAUAGGCGGCUCAGCCUUCCAAAUUCCGGCAGCCUCACUCGGCAGCUUCGUCACCCUCUCCAUGCUGGUCACCGUCCCUAUGUACGACCGCUACUUGGUCCCGCUAAUGCGCAGCAGAACCGGCAACCCCAGAGGCAUCACGCUGCUCCAACGCCUAGGAAUCGGCUUCACCAUCCAAACCGUCGCCAUCGCAAUAGCCUCGGCGGUGGAGCUCCGGCGGAUGCGCGUCAUCGCCGCCCACGGCAUCACCGGCCCCAAAGAAAUCGUCCCCAUGACCAUCUUUUCCUUGCUGCCGCAGUACGUCCUCCUGGGCGUCGCCGACGUGUUCAACGCCAUCGGGCUGCUGGAAUUCUUCUACGACCAGUCGCCGGAGGACUUGCAGAGCCUCGGCACGACGUUCUUCACGAGCGGGAUCGGGAUCGGAAACUUCUUGAACAGCUUCUUAGUGACGAUGGUGGAUAAGAUCACCGGACGAGGAAGAUCCAAGAGCUGGAUUGGGGACAACAUUAACGAUUCUCACUUGGAUUAUUACUAUGGAUUCCUUCUGGUCAUUUCAAUCUUGAAUCUGGGCGCAUUUAUCUGGGCAUCAACAAAGUAUAUCUACAAGAAGGAGCUGACGGAAGUGAAGGAGGAUUUGGAACUGGACAAUGACAAAGCCAUAGAAAUCCAGCUCCCUUAGCUUAAAACAUAUAUAUUUCAUGCCCACAAAAUUAAAGGCCAAUUCAAAUUUCCUCCCCUUUAAUUUAGGCUGUAUCUAUAAUCUAAAUGUUUAGUUGUUGACUAUCAUAUGUUAAAAUAGGAAGUAUUAUCUACAUUGUAUUAACAUAUAGAUAGUUUUAUACGGAGUCCUAGCUACUAUUGUAAUCGUUCAUAUAUUAUAAUUAAAUAUAUGUGUUCACCAUAAUACAAAGUACAAAUGUAU